AUGACUUUGGGGUCCUCCUUCCCGAAGAACACGCCUCUCUCGCCAAAAAGAGGAAAUAGAGAGUACUAUAAAGGAAAUGGUUGUAGACCUACUGGAAGACACACUUCACAUGGAGGUUAUAUUUGCGAAAAGGAUAAAGCGGUUGUAUUUGAUGUUCCCGACCUUACCAACUUUAAGUUGAAGCCCUAUGUUGCAUUCUCAACGCCAAAAGUAAAGUAA